AUGAGAAAUUCAACCGACUCUUUCUCCAUUGACAUUGAUUUGAUACCUUUGGGAGGAAAGGAAUGUAUAGUGAAAACUAGCAAAGGUUCUGUGUCUGUGCUUGUUUGUGGGGAUCGAGAUAAACCUGCUCUGAUAACUUACCCAGAUGUGGCUCUCAAUUAUGUGUCUUGUUUCCAGGGUCUGUUGUUUUGUCCAGAAGCAGCUUCUUUGAUGCUUCACAACUUCUGCAUUUAUCACAUUGAUGCUCCAGGGCACGAGUUGGGAGCUGAUGUGAUUUCUUCAGAUGAACCAUUGCUUUGUGUGGAUGACUUAGCUGAUCAGGUUGCAGAAGUGCUUGAUUUUUUCGGGCUAAGAGAGGUUAUGUGCUUGGGUGUAACAGCUGGUGCCUACAUCCUCACACUAUUUGCUAUGAAAUACAAAGAACGAGUGCUUGGAUUGAUUCUUGUUUCACCAAUUUGUAGAGGACCUUCGUGGACUGAAUGGAUUUACAAUAAGGUUCUGAUGAACUUGUUGUACUUCUAUGGUAUGUGCGGUUUACUGAAGGAAUGUCUCCUGCAACGUUACUUCAGUAAGGAGCUUAGAUGCAGUAUUGAGGGAUCAGAGUCAGAAGUAAUACUAACUUGCCGAAGACUUCUGGAUGAAAGGCAAAGUUUGAAUGUCAUGCGUUUUCUUCAAGCAGUUAAUGCAAGGCGUGACCUCAGUGAGGGACUAAAGAACUUGCAAUGCAAGACACUUAUAUUUGCAGGAGAGAGUAGUCCAUUUCACGCCGAGUCUAUCCACAUGAGUACAAAAAUGGACAGCAAAAUCUGUGCACUUGUUGAGGUUCAGGCCUGUGGCUCACUAGUAACAGAAGAACACCCAAACUCCAUGAUAGUACCAAUUGAGUGCUUCUUAAUGGGUUUUGGCUUCCACAGACAACCACAUUUUGCUUCCUCAUCAAGCAAUGGUUCAAGUCCAGCAAGCCCCUCUAAUCAUACAAUCAUGGCACCAGAACUCCUCUCCCAAGAAAGUUUAGGAAUUAAGCUAAAGCCUAUCAGAACCCGUGUUCAUGUCGAGAUCUAA